GGAAUGAGUUGUUGAAUAGCCUUCGUUGACUUUAGAAUAUUUGAACGCUGCCACGUCGAGUGGUAGUGUAUAUGUAUAAAAUGAGUCGAGACGCCGAGUCAGUUCGUUUUACAAAGUUAUCUAUGACAUGUUGAAGACAUCUCAACGUUCGUCUUCAUUUAAGCAAUGGUGGACAUGGCUGAUAAUCACGAAUGAUUGGUAUUUCACUUGAAAGUUUUUAAUGUUUCACAUUCAUUCAUGUUCAUUUGUCACUGUGUGUUAGUCGAAUAUUGCAAGUGAUUAUGAAUAUUUUGCAGUUAUGAUUGCUGAAGGGAUUACAUUGAUCAACUACUCGUAUGCGUUCUCCAGAUGUCGUAUGACAUAGUGAGUUGGAUGUGUGAGGUGUAUAUGAUAGCGAAUUGUCAUGCUUAUCGGGAUUAUCCUUCUGAUUAGUAGAGUAGACAUUAACCACUUGUUGAUCUUGAUGUUUGUGACAACUGUAUUAUCAGAUGAAUGUAUACUGGAAGUUGGUGAUCAUUGGGAGAACAAAUAUCUUACUAAAUUGGAAAUCGGAGUGUGAUAUUGGUUGAGUAUAAAACUGUGGUGUUUGAAUGGACUAAUGAUAUCUUUGUACUUGUUGAAUGCUCGAUUUCGAGUUCUAGAUACAAUACAUUCGUUUGUGCCUGUGUCUUCUUAAUUCAAUUGCGUUAAUCCUGGAAUUCUUAGUUCAUACGAUAAUUCGAAUACCAUAUUGGCGUCGCGAUGGAGCCUGCGAUGAAAAAGUUAGAUAUUCAUUCAACUUCGGAAGUUUUUGAAGAUUACUUUGAAAGGUUCGAAAUCUGGGCUAUGAGCAAGGAAGAUGAUGAGGAUGUUAAUAUUGUGGCACACUUCCUCACAUUCAUUGGAAAAGAAACAUACAGCUUAUUAAGAACUCUGGCUAUGCCGGAAAAGCCCAUUUCGCUUUCUUAUACAGCUCUCAAGGAGCUGCUGCUAGACUAUGCUCAGUAUACAAAUUUCGAAUGUCAUAAAAGAGGAAGAUUUCGUAAAAUGAUUCAUGACGAUAUAAAAAGUCCACUACAUUACGUCAUCCCAACCCAGUUCAUACUCAAGGUUAUGCAGACAAUUCAUUGAGUUUGGAUGCAGUUCACGAGGAUGGGGACAAGUUUAGUCAGUGUUUGUCCUGUGGCAAGUUCCACUCUUCUAAUUCAUGUCAAUUUCGUAAUUCUAAGUGCUUCAAAUGUCGUGAUAUUGGACAAGUUCAGUCAGUUUGUAAUGCUAAUGUUCAUCUUACUGCAACUAAUAUUAAGUCUUGUAAUUCUGAUUCUACUGAGUCGAGUAUUCAUGAUGAUCAUUUAUCUUUAUCAAAGAUUUCAAAAGACAGUUCAGAGUCAUAUGGCAGUUCAGAGUUAAAUGAAAUCCAGAAUUCUUGUGAGACAACAGUUCCUAAUCAACCGAUUUAUCAGAAUUCUCAUGCUAUCGUACCAGGUAUGACUUUUCCUAAUGAUUCACAUAUUUCUAAUGAAAUUACUUACAAUUCUGAGGAAAAUAUGUUAAAUGAACCUAAUCAUCAUCGAAAACCUGAUGUGGUUUGGAUAGAUGCUGAUUUUUCUAACGAUCCUAAGCUCUGCAAUGACAGUCCUAAUAAAUUUCAUGAGAAUAUUUCAGAAGAAUUAAAUCCUGAUGUCAUAUCAUAUAUUACCUAUCCUCAUAAUGUAUUUGAUCCUUGUGAAAAAUCUGCUCAAUGCGAAGCAUGAGUUCGAAGUGACCUCGAGUUUGAUUACAUUUCGGAUGAUUUCAUAUCAACUUCUGUUUACCCUUAUCACAAAACAGUUCCAAUGUUUAAUCUAAACAAUGUGAGAAAUAUGUUUUAAAUGAAGCCACAUUAUUCAUAACUUGGGGAUAUAAAGAUCCAACAUUAUUUCGUGGGGGAGGAUAGUGUUGAAAAAUCUAUGGUUCAAAUUCUAGAUAUUAAUGAUUUCAGUACAAAACCGAUAUGCUGAUUGUAUACAAUUCCAGAUACGACUACUCAAUGUCAAGUACCAGUCAAUUCCAUUGAUUCAAUUCUGAAUAUCAGUCAUGUAAAAAUCAUUGUUUUCAGACAUAACCAAAUGUUUUACACCAUUGCCAAAUGGAUUUAUCUUGGACGUUUCAUUUAGGAUUUAGUUCGCUAUCUAUUUUUUUUCAUUUCAAGCUCAUAUUUGUAGUUUUUUUUAAAAGAAACUUUAGUCACCACAAGUCUGUUAAAUAACAAGUCAGCAUAAUCAAAAUAUAAAGUUAACUACUCAUGUACGUAAAAAAAACUGAUUUUCUUCACUUGAUGCUGUUUUUCGCAGUAUGGUUUGUGAAGCGAACGCUAUUGGGUUCGAGUCGCGUAGUGAACAUCAACUCUGGGAUGAAGGUACAUCCAGCUGACGAGUCUCAAAUACGAUGAAACGCAAAUCAAACUGGAUCCCACUACUAGCCACUACCCAUCUUUACUUAAAAAAAACUGAUUUUCUGUUGUUGCUUUUUUUUUGAAAAAAAGAAUUUGUAUCCAG